AUGACUAUAAAUUUCUUUCAUUUUAUUGUGCUCUUAUCAUCGAUAAAUGCUUUCUAUUUACCCGGUUUAGCACCGAAUACAUUCUGUCGUACAUCAAUACCUGAUUCAAAAUGCAAAACUCAAGUUGACGUAUUUGUCAAUCGUCUUGAUUCGGUUGAAUCUAUAUUACCUUAUGAAUAUUCAUAUUUUGAUUUUUGUACUGUCGUUGAUGAACCAUCACCAGUAGAAAAUCUUGGUCAAGUUUUAUUCGGAGAACGAAUUCGUCCAUCACCAUAUAAAUUUAAUUUUCUUAAAAAUGUCAAUUGUAAACUUGUAUGUAAAAAAACAUUUACGUCAACAGAUGCUAGACAACAAAAAUUUCUUAAACGUCUAAUGAAAGGCGUGGUACUAAAUUAUCAACAACAUUGGAUUAUUGAUAAUAUGCCAGUAACAUUAUGUUACUUAAAUUCUGAAAAUACAGAAUUUUGUUCACGUGGUUUUCCUAUUGGUUGUUAUGUAAGUAAAAGGGGUCAAGCAAAAGAAUCCUGCAAUAUUCGAGAUGGAAAAAAUGAUACAUUCUAUAUUUUUAAUCAUUUGGAUUUUGAAAUUAGCUAUCAUAGUGGAGCAGGUAUGGUAAUAGGAAAAUUAAUCUUUAUACAGUAUAUAUUAGUUGCUAUCUCAGUAGACGAAACAUGGGGAACUGCAUUUGGAGAGGAUGGUGGUCGAAUUAUUUCAGCAAAAGUUCAAGUUAGCAGUUUAAAUUCGGAGACUUGUGAACGUAAUGCUAAACCCAUUACAUUUCCAUCAACAUCAACAGAAGUUGAAAUUCCAUUUACAUAUAGUGUUACAUUUAAACGAAAUAAUGAUAUACGUUGGGCUAGUCGAUGGGAUUAUAUACUUAAAUCAUUACCUCAAACACAUAUUCAAUGGUUUUCAAUAUUAAAUUCUCUUAUUAUUGUACUUUUUCUUUCCGGUAUGAUUGCUAUGAUUCUUUUACGUACACUUUAUAAAGACAUAGCUCGUUACAAUCAAAUCGUUGAGAAUAUUAGCGAAGAAGACGCACAAGAAGAAUUUGGAUGGAAAUUGGUGCAUGGAGAUGUAUUUCGAUCACCAAAUAAAGGAAUGCUUUUGUCGGUUCUUGUUGGUAAUGGUGUUCAAAUUACAAUCAUGUCAUUGAUUACUUUGAUUUUUGCUUGUCUUGGAUUUCUGUCGCCAUCGAGUCGUGGUGCUUUGAUGACUUGUAAAUCAUUUCUUUUUUUAAGAUAUGUUUUAUUUGUUUUGAUUUGCCAAGGUGCUAUUAUAUGCUAUGUCCUAUUGGGUACACCAGCUGGUUAUACUUCAGCUCGUUUAUAUAAAAUGUUUGGUGGGAAAAAUUGGAUGAAAAACGUUCCUAUGACAGCAAUUGUAUGUCCUGGUGUGAUUUUUAGUACUUUUUUUAUUUUGAAUCUUGUUCUUUGGGCACAUGGAAGUUCAGCAGCUAUUCCAUUUACCACAUUUUUAGCAUUACUUGCUUUAUGGUUUUGUGUAUCAACACCACUUGUAUUUCUUGGAGCGUAUCUUGGUUUUAAACAUAAUACUAUACAAAAUCCAGUUCGAACAAAUCAAAUUCCACGUCAAAUACCUGAACAAACAUCCUAUACAAAACCAUUACCAGGUAUUUUAAUGGGUGGUGUCCUUCCAUUUGGUUGUAUUUUUAUUCAAUUAUUUUUUAUUUUGAACAGUAUUUGGGCUCAUCAAUAUUAUUAUUUUUUUGGAUUUUUACUUGUUGUUUAUAUAAUAUUAAUUUUAACAUGUUCUGAAACAACAAUUCUUCUUUGUUAUUUUCAUUUAUGUGCCGAGGAUUAUAAUUGGUGGUGGCGUUCAUUUUUAACAUCAGGCUUUACAGCUGUUUAUUUCCUUUUAUAUUCAAUUUAUUAUUUUACAACAAAAUUAGAAAUAUCAGAUGGUACAUCAACAUUUCUUUAUUUUGGUUAUACAUUAAUGUUAACAUUUAUUUUAUUUUUAUUUACCGAUUUUAUGCAUCAUACUUUAACAGCAUUGACCAGCAUCUGUGAAGAUGCUUUUAAUUCAGCUAACAUUGGACAAUAUGAUUUAAAACCAUUUAAUCGACAAUUAAUAAAUGAAGAAUAUUUAAAUAAAAUUUUAAUGAAUAAUGAUGAACAUAUAGAUAAUUCAUCAUUAUAUUGUCCAACAACGAAUUUUAAACAAUUAUUUCGUUUAUCACAUUUACAUGUUGCACAUCCAUCACGAACUUCACUUUGGUUUCAUCUUCUGCGUCAAGAUAGAACACGUCAUCAACAUAAAUUUCAACAAGCUGUCGAACGUUAUCCAGAAGAUAUACGAAAUAUGUUCGGUCGCCGAAAUGAUAUAACUGUUCGUCUUCCAUCAUGUGUUGAUGCUAAUCAUAUACCUCAUUAUAAUUUAAAUCGAAGAGGUCAACAUGCUAUAACUCGAAUAUUAAGUGUAUUUGCUUAUUAUCAUCCUGAUAUAACAUGGGCACCAUUACUUGCACCCAUGACAGCUUUAUUUUUACAUUAUAUGACAGAAAUUGAUGCGUAUGAAUCAUUAUUAAUUCUUACAAGUAGUGAUUACAAAAUAAUGACUGAAACAGAAAUUCAAUAUCAAUCAUUAUCAUUAGCAUUUCGUACAUUAUUACGUCGACAUUGUCGUUCAGUUUAUGAAGUUGUUAGUAAACAACCAUGUCUAUUUGAUGAAUGGCUUUGGAUUAUAUUUGAACAUUUACCAUUUACAUAUCUUGUACCAAUAAUUGAUUGUCUUUUAAUUGAAGAUAUGAAAAUUCUUAUACGUAUAAGUAUGACAUUAUUUCAUUUUUUUGUUAAAUAUGGUUCAAAUCAACAAACAGUAUCAAUAAAACCUCGACGACGUGAUUCAAUAUUUCGUUUAUCAAAAUCUGUUCGUAAGCCAGUACGUUUCGAAAAUCAACUAUCAUCAUCAUCAUUAUCAUCAUCAUAUAAAACAAAUACAAAUGCUUGUGAAAAUUUAAUUAAUUAUAUACAACAUUUUGAUUUACCGAUGGAAAAAUUUUUUAAACAUGCUUUUGGUAUUUCUCAUUUACAACGAAAAGAAAUUUUUCGAGCUAUUGAGAUUGAAGAAGAAAAAAUAAAAUUAGAACGCCGUCGUGUAAUGCCACUUCUUCGUCGUUCAUCAUCUGCAGGUGAUCAACCUGCAUUAAAUCUCACAUCAAUUCCAAAAUCUCUUACAAGUCGUCCAAUUCAUCAUCAAAAUUCUAUGCCAAUAAUAAUGAUUCGUGAAUUUGAUACAACAACAGCAAGUCAUUCAGAUUUUGCUUAUCUUUGGUCAUUAAUUCCAAGUCGUCUUACUGAUUUUCAACCUGAACGUAUUUAUUCAUCAAAUAUUCAUGGUCGUCGUCUGCAAACAUUAUAUGAUCAUGUUGAAUAUCAUGAAUAUUGUCUUAUUAUUAUACGUAAUGAACAUCAACAAAUUUUCGGAGGUUUUUUUUUAGGUCAAUUAGCUAAUCGUACAAAAACACGAACAUGGUUUGGUACAGGUGAAUCAUUUUUAUUUACAUUAAAACCAGAACGACAAGUAUUCAGAUGGGUUGGUUAUCAAUCAUCAACAAAGGGUAGUACAAAAGCGUAUGAAGAUUAUUUUAUAUAUGGUGAUGAUGAACGUUUACAAAUGGGUGGUAGUAAAGAACCACUUAAUAUUGGUUUAUGCAUUCAACGUGAUUUAAAUGAAGGUAGUACAAGACAAUGUGAUACAUAUGCUAAUAAACCAUUAUCUAGCAGCGAACAUUUUCAAAUAAUGGAAAUCGAAGUAUUUGGAUUUACGCGAUAA